AUGCCUAACCCUCAAGGUACCAAUGGGUAUAAGGUAUCCCCUGCUCCAGACAUUUUAAUCCGACCAUUGGUGGAACAAUUCGUCGCAGAUGGAUACACAAAUCCAGAAAUUGUCACUAAACUCAAGGACUACUAUGACACGGACCGCUACUCAUUUUCUCUCGCUUUACUGAAGAAAAAACGGAUGGUUUGGGGCUUGAAGAGUGCUCGGGGCCAGGCACACUCAGUUGAUAGUGUGGGGCCUACCAUUGAACGUGUUCGUGAGCGGUUCCCUCACCAGGGGUCACACGAUAUGAGAGUGACUUUGCGACAAGAGGAAAGGGUGAUGGUGCCUCGGCAGGUAAUACUAGACUACAUGAAUCUACACCAUCCAGACGAAGUAAAAGGACGUCGAAAACGCCGGCUGAAGCGUAGUUAUUUCUGGACAGCAGGUGUCAAUGAACUGUGGUGUUUUGACCAGCAUGAUAAGUGGAGACGCUUUCAGCUUUUUUUUCACGUUGGACUCGAGCCCUUCUCCGGCUAUGUACUCUGGCUCAAAGUCUGGUGGACUAACCAUAAUCCGCGUCUGAUAUGUGGAUGGUAUUGUGAUGUCGUGGAGAGAUUGGGUGGGAUGCCUCUAAUCACACAAAGUGACCCCGGCACUGAAAACAAUGGUAUCGCAAACGGCCAUACAUUACUUCGUCAUAUGCAAGACCCGGCUUUAGACAAGACCCUGCAACAUACGUUCAAAGGAUCUCACCGGAACAUUAAGCCUGAGAUCUUUUGGGGCCAAUUUCGAAGACGUUGGGCGCCGGGAUUUGAGGCUCUCCUUGACUGGGGGGUCAACGAGGGCCUUUAUGAUGCUGACGAUGCUCUUCAACGGUUGCUCUUCCACUAUGUAUUUAUCCCCUGGAUACAACAAGAACUCAACUGCUUCAUUGAGAGGUUCAACGGUUCAAAGCCCCGACGAAACUCACACAAGUUACUACCUCAUGGACGCCCUGUAGAUAUCUUCAAGAACCCGGAGCUUUUUGAGUCACGCGAUUUUGCUGUUAAGGUGCAUCCGCCGUAUCUAACAGAAGUGCGAGACAAGUAUGCACCACCCGAUCACCCUGUUUUUCAUCUGGUCCCGCCGGCCUUUUCGUUACAGGCACGCACAUUCUGGGAUGCUGCCAACUACCCUCAAGUUGGCCGAGAAAACAUAUGGGACAUCUAUUUACACUUACUCCAGCAGUUCCGAGAUCAGCCAAACAACAUGGAGUUGCGUACUGUGAUGGCCCUUUCAGUGAACUCUAAUGAGGAGGAUGAGUCCGAAUUCAUGCCAGUCAUGGAGCUUCCACCCCACCGGCAACGGAGGCGCGUUGUAGGAGAUGCACCACAGAACACCGGGGGCUACUCAUCUGACGAAGCUGAUACAGAUUUUGAGUAUGAGUGGACAGACGACUCGGAUUAG